UAAAGACUUUUCAAUUGUGGAACAUUCUAACGCCAUACAUCCUAAUUCCACAGAAGCUUGGAGGAAAAUGAAUUGGGGUGAUAGAGAAAAGGAACUCGGGUGGCUGAAUUUGUUCUGUCUGAAAAAGGACACCAAAAAGCAUCUUCGGAUUCUAAUCUACGGCCCGGCUGGAAGUGGGAAAUCCAGUUUCAUUAAUUCUGUUGACACUGUUUGUCAGAACAGGAUAACCUGUUCUGCGGCAGCCUCCAGCUUCAAAGGCGACACCUUCACUGUCACGUACAAAACAUAUCAAAUUGAAAAAGAGGGGGAAGGCCAAUAUUACCCGUUCGUCUUCAACGACGUCAUGGGCUUGGAAAGCACCAAUGGAGUCUGUGAGGAGGACAUCAAACACGCCAUGCAAGGACACCUGAAAGAGGGUUACAAGUUCAAUGCUGCAUCUGCAUUGCGUCCGUCCGAUGAAGGCUACAACAAGACACCUGAUAUAAAUGACAAGGCAGACAUACUGGUCUGUGUUGUUAGGGCGGACCCUGAUCCUAUGCUGAAAGAGGUUGCCCUUGCCAAGAUGAAAUGCAUCACAAAAGCUGCCAGAGACUAUGGGAUUCCACAGAUGGCCAUUCUGACACAUAUUGAUGAAGCCUGUCCACUCGUUAAAGAAAGCAUUCAAAAUGUCUACAAAAGCGAGCACAUGAGGAUGAGGAUGGAGGUCCUCCAAAGUCUGCUGGGAAUUCCGUUAACCAACAUCUUUCCUGUGAAGAACUACCAUGAAGAAAUUGACUUGAAUGCUGACAUUGAUAUGCUGAUACUAAGAGCACUGAGACAAAUUAUUCAAAUUGCAAACGACCAUGUAAAAAAGGGCACAAAAUGUAGGACUGAGUAAUUAAUCGAUUUCUAAUCAUAAUUCAAAUAUAUGGAUUAGGACGACUUUUUUAAAAUCUAUAUUAAGAAAUGUAUACAUUACCUUUUACUUAAUCAAGUGUAGUGAUUAUAAUCGGGCAUUUACGGUAGCGCCACCACUUCCACCUUCUCUGAGGUCCCGGAGUUCCCAGUAAAGCAGCAUGGCAGCAUGCGCUGAAAACAGUGAGUGUGAAGUGUUUGCCUAAAGUCUGUGGCAACCAGUGUGGGAGAUGUGGGUUAUUUAUUUGGCUUUU